UACGGCUAAUUUGGACAUGAUAAGCCUCCGCCGCUCCUGCGGGACCUCAGCACGACCCGCUGCCUGCGCGCACAGACCCGCACAGCCACGCAUCACACCCGGAUCCGCCUCAGCGGGACCGGACCGGACCGGACCGGGACUUUACAACAUGAAGUCAGUGCGCGAGCCGCGUCGCACCGUCACACCCCGUCCGCGUCCGUCCCGCUGCGCGCGCGCUGACAGCUCCGCGUAAAGACGCACAGGAGGCGGCGCAGCCCGGCAGAGAGUGGAGGAGCCUGGAAGAGUCCGGUAGAGUCCAGAAGCGUCCAGUAGAGUCUGGAAGUCCAGUAGAUUAAACUUUAUCAUCUCCCUCAGGAGAAAUUUGUCGUGGUGCUCAAAAGAACUCAGUUCAUGUAGCGGCUCACAGUUCAGAGUCCAGAGGAGACCUGCAGAGACCAUCAGGGCCUGGGUGAGUCUGGCAGAGUCCGGUAGGGUCUGGCAGUGUAGGCUACAGUCGAGUCCAUCAGAGUUCAGCAGAGUCCUGUAGAGUCUGGUAGAAUACAGUAAGGUCUAGUAGAUUAGAUUAGAUUUGACUUCAUUGUCCCCCUCAGGAGAAAUUCGUCUGAGAACUCACUUCAUGCCGCAGCACACAGUUUAGAGUCCAGGAGAGUCCGGUAGGGUCCUCUAUAGAUCGUUAGGGUCCUGCAGAGUCCAGCAGAGUCCGCCUGAGCCAUGGCCCUGCAGGAUGGUGGGCAGAGUCCGGUCCGGCUGGUGGCCUGACCCCGGGCCUACAUGACUCCGCCCCCCCGGGACGCCGGGACAGGGAGGGACAGCUGACAUGCCGGACAACCUGACGGCGUCCGGCGGCGUGGAGGGCGGGGCCUCCGCGCACAACGUGCCGGCCCUGGUGCUGGGCGUGCUGCUGAUCGUGGUGAUCAUCUGCGGGAACCUGCUGGUCUGCCUCAGCGUCUACACCGAGAAGGCCCUGAAGACCACCACCAACUACUUCAUCGUCAGCCUGGCCGUGGCAGACCUCAUGCUCGCCGUGCUCGUGCUGCCGCUCUUCGUCUACUCCGAGUUCCAGGGCGGCGUGUGGACGCUGAACAUGACGGUGUGUGACGGACUGAUGACGAUGGACGUGAUGCUCUGCACCGCCUCCAUCUUCAACCUCUGCGCUAUCAGCAUCGACAGGUUCAUCGCCGUGUUGAUCCCUCUCAACUACAACAGGAAGCACGUGGACCAGCGGCAGGUGGUGCUGCUGUCGGCCACCUGGGUCCUGGCCUUGGCCGUGGCCUCGCCCGUCAUGUUCGGCAUCAACGACGUGCCGGGCCGCGACCCCGGCGAGUGCAAGCUGGAGAACGGCGACUACGUGCUGUACUCGUCCGUGUGCUCCUUCUUCAUCCCCUGUCCCAUCAUGCUGCUGCUGUACUGCGGGAUGUUCCGCGGCCUGCGCCGCUGGGAGGAGAACCGAAAGGCCAAGCUGAAGAACAGCAUCCAGGCCUGCCGCAAGCUGCAGGAGGCCGCCGCCGCACUGCCGCCGCUCGCCUCGCUGCCGCCGCCGCUGCCGCCCAUCAUCGAGCAGGAGCUGACGGACAACGCGGAGGAGGAGGAGCCGCCCCGGCCCUUCACCCCGCCCCAGUUUAAACGCGGCCCCGUGGCCGCCGUGGCCUACGCCGAGAUCAAGUUCACCUCAGACCCUCACAAGAAGAAGAGAGCCAAGAUCAACAGCCGGGAGCGGAAGGCCAUGCGGGUCCUGCCCGUGGUCGUGGGUGCCUUCCUGUUCUGCUGGACUCCGUUCUUCGUGGUGCACACGCUGCGGGCGCGCUGCCAGAGCUGCCACGUGCCGCCCAGCCUGAUGAGCGUGGUCACGUGGCUCGGCUACGUCAACAGCGCCCUCAACCCCGUCAUCUACACCGUCUUCAACACCGAGUUCAGGAAGUUCUUCAAGAAGUUCCUCCCCAGCUGCUGCUAGGCUCCGCCCCCGCCUCCUCGCCAGCUGUGAUUGGCUCACUGAGACGGAAACAUUUGCUGACGAAGCUCGUUAGUUUUCAGAUGAAACACUUCAUCAGACCGGCGCCCGCCGCAGCGCGGGGCGGUCAGCACGUGACCCACAGCCGGAUCAUGGGACACAACUGACCUGGGUCAGGGGUCAGGGGUCAGGGGUCAGAGGUGGGGCCGUCUGCUGCGUCCAGCAGGAAACCUCCAGCUGUCCAGAAACAGGAUGUGAUGUCACUUCCUGUCCCUCUGCAGGUUUGAUCUGUUUUUGUUCCUGGAAACACAUAAACAUUUCAUCAGGCCCCUCCCCCCUGACCUGCUGCUAACGAGCUGCUAACGAGCUGCUAACGAGCUGCUGGGGAGCGGCUCGUUAGCCCUGCAGGGUGAAGGCCUCUGGUUUCCAGCAGAGGGCCGUGAGCGCCCCCUACCUUCAUGAACAUGAUAACAGUCCUUAGUGUUCUAUGGUUUAAAAAUAAGAAUAAGAAUAAUGAUGAUGAUCAAAAAUGUAAAAAGCAGGAAUAAAGAACUGGUUCAAAAAGA